GAGGGUGCGCUGCGGAAUUUCCGGGAGGACUCGUGCGGGGACGUUUUCCCGACUUUCCCGGCGCGAAAGUUUUCAAGAAGGCGUUCCUUUGUGGUGCGCGUCGGUCUUAUAAUAGGAUUCGAACCGGUAUCAGCGAGUUGGCAUUUGAGGCAACAUGCCGACGAUACCCGCCAUCAGUACAGAGCAUUGCUAUCUAUAAAAGGAGGAUGCGGUGGAUGAACGCCCGUCAGUAUUCUUGUGCACGCAAUAUCUGGCAAACCGAGGCAGUUGAAGCGAGAGGAUUCGGAGUCGCCUGCUGAUCGAGUCUAAAAGUGCGUCUUCGUAACGACUGCCUCUCUUCGAUAAUCGCCCGAAAGAGAUAGAGAGAGAGAAAGAGAGAGAGAGAGAGAGAGAGAGAGAGAGAGCGAGAGAGAGAGAAGGAUGAAUCCGCGCGCAAUUAUCUUGCUGAGCCUGGCGGCGGUAAUAUCGGCGGCGAACGAGCCGAUAGCCAUCGUCAGGCAGGAGCAGGAUAUCAGUCCGGACGGCAGCUACUUCGCACGGUGGGAGAGCGCCAACGGGAUCACCUUCGAGGAGCAGGGCGUGCAGAAGAACACCGGGCAGAAGGACGAGGCCGAGGAGGUGCGCGGCUCGGCGGCGUGGACCGCGCCCGACGGACAGAAGAUUAACAUCGGAUGGCUGGCCGACGAGAACGGCGCCACGUUCCAAGGCGCUCAUCUGCCGACCCCGCCGCCCCCGCCGGAAAUUCCGCCCGUCAUCCAGCGCGCCCUCGACUGGAUAGCCGCUCAUCCCUACAAGGAGGAGAGAAACAAAGUGUAAUCAGCGCUGCGACGACACGCCUUAUCACGCGGACUCGUCGAACGUUUGCGCGUUCAUGUAUCGCAUCAAUACGUUCGGCUCGAUGUCUGUUGUAAAAAAAGGGAGACGAGAGAGAGAGAGAGAGAGAGAGAGAGAGGGAAAUUUGUAUAAAAAUUCGAUACACCAAAGGGGAAGAAAGCUGUAGUUUUUAAUAUCCGAUUCCUCUCUCGUGAGCGCAACGAACUCGCGCGCGUUCGGCCGACGAUCGAGUAUACGCGGGCUUGAUCGAGAUAAUCUUGGCGGGAUAUGUGAUAGAUGCGAUAUCGAGAUAUGUUAACGGAGAUGAGAGGCUCACCUUUUCCCGUGGAUCCUCGUUGAAACUGAUAUCAAUUUACUCCAACGUGCGCCAUCAGAUCAUUCGGAAAUGAUCAUCCUCAUUGAUUAUCCUAUCUUUGGGAACAAUCGUGAUUAAUUGUGUCCUUGCAAAUUUCACAGUUUAUCGCGUCUACCUCCGCGUCGCAAUCAUUCCGAUGCAACACGGAAUCGGUCCGCUUUAGAAUCGCGCCAUUUGCUGAUUUGCCUCUCUGACACGGUGAAAAGAUUUUCCGCGAACGCCGUUGAAAAGAUAUCGCUGCCUCUCUCAAUGACGCUUUUCGAAUAGCUAAGCAAUUAAAGCGCUUGUUUGCCCUCUUGCGACGUGCCAGCAUUUGCUUCGCUUACUUUCUUAGAAAAUUUGAGAGAGAGAGAGAGAGAGAGAGAGAUUCUCUGCCCGAGAACGGAGCUGCUUGACAUGAGAGUGGCAAACUCGUCAAACUUGGGCGUGGACGCGUGGUUAUGGAAAAGUCGGGGUCAGAAAUAGUCAUUACGACGGCAGCGACGGACGAAUCGUUGCGUAAACGAGCGAUAGCGAAAGUUGCCGCAUUGUCAACCACUGCUGUUCAGAACCGGAGACAACAACGGCCCGAGGAAUGCGGCAAUUAAGGUGUGAGGAUGCAGUCGCGAAGAGGAUCAAUCACGACGUCGCUUUUGUCCAAGACUAAUAUCCAUUAAUAUCAAUUAAUAUGCCAAUAAUAUUAAUAUAUUCGAUACUCGAUACGACGAGAGCGCAAAAAUAAAUUCACUCGAAAAGCGAACAAGACUUAUCUUCCAAUUGAUAUUUAUUUUCGUACAACUUGGAGCUUCCAAGUGAUAUUUACAAUUAGGAAAUAGCUCAAAGUGUAUGGAAUCAAGUGGGUCUUUAAGUGAAUCCCAUUUAACGAGACACGUAUUAUUUAAAAAGGAUGUAUUAAUUGACAGCAAUUAAUAUCAUUCAGUCGAGCUACGCGAGCGAACAGCCAAGAGAGUCGAUUCAUCUCUCUCUCUCUUUCUCUCUGCAUAUUUCCUGCUUUUUAAUUCACCAGAGCCUUCUUCGUUUCGCGUCUUUUUCUCUACG